GCUUCUGCUGCAGCACGAGAAAAUCUACUUCACAGCGAGCUGUGCUUGGUCGGAUAACCGAGCAUAUAGAUUUUCGUCAAGUACUUGUCUAGUUUGCUCGGAACGAAGAUAUAUAAGGGCAUCUUUUUAAAUAGUAACUCCGUGUGUUUAAAGGGUUUGAGAUUGGAGGGAUUUUGAGGAUUAUGCUGGACGACCGUGAAGAGUUUGAAGCGUUUUUCAGCAACUCAAACGCGGAUGCGUUGCGCUAACAGCUCAGUUGGAGACUUCAAGAUGAGAAGCAAUAAUAACACCAAGAGUUUUUUCCCUUUCUACUAAAAGCUGGAUGUUUUUCAGAGUUUGUGGUUUUAUUAAUUGAGAUUUUGGUCUUGAAGCAGGCUAACGACGUCGACAUGAGGGUUUAGUUUAGCUAACUGUCUAGCGAGCUAAGUGGCGGUUAUCGUUUUUUUGGAUAGCCUGCUAAGUAAGUUAGCCAUAAAAAUGAAGUUCCGCAACAGUUAGCUUUGUGGUUUGCAAAAGGUUUGUUUGUUAAAGUCGAUAUCAUUUCUUUAUUUCGUUUUUAUCCGUUGUAGCUCUGUAUAUCACAUACUGACACCCAACCAAUUCGGAAGUAAACGGGAGCUCUUAGAAGUGAGAUUUAGUCGCGUUAACAGUUAGUUAGAUUUGCAGAGAAAGCUAACAUCGAAGCUAAUUUCCUUUCGAGCGCCCCCUCAUCCUUCACCAGGUAGUCACUCGUAAAGCAAUAACACAAAAACAGUUCUUUUCCCGCUGUGUAGCGCUCUGUCAAAAUACAGUACAUUUGGUAUACAGUUUGUUACUCAAAUUAGUGAUUUGCACAAGGGCGAGGAUGGUGUAGUUGUAAAAGGUUAGCUUUUGACACUGAUAUUGUGAUUUUAAAUUUGCUUGACACUCUUUAAGAUUAAUCUGUAUUGUGAAUAUAGAACUAUACAUUUAGUAGUUGGAUGUGACUACUGAACCUUUUUCUGUUGGCAAGUUUAACAUGGAGGAGCGAUAGAUGUUUGUGAUUGUGUUGAUGGAGCUGCUGUCUGUAAGGAAAUAUAGUUAAACCCUCAAAAGUGUCAGUGAUAAAUAUCUAGAUAAACAGCCAGCCCACACGCCUGUAUGGCUAGCUUUCACAGGCGGAUAUAGUAAGCUAGCGUGUUAACUAGCUCGUCGAUAGCCAUUAUUUUAUCUUGUCAACAAGCUCUGGUCGGUAAACCCGCGGUUAGAAAUCGACCAUUUCGGUUCGCCUUCUCCGGAGAGGGAGUGUGAGAGAGAAGCGUGUUAAGUAAGCCUGGCGUUCAGCUGAAUUUUUUUUGUUGUUGUUGAUAAAGUCGAAAUUUAAAGAAAACAGCGUUAGCUAGCUCACAGUCGGCGCCCGUUUUUAUGAAUUCUUAAAAUUUAAUCUGGUUUAUUGUGCCGUUUCUUUGUAUAUACACACAUUACGGGUCUUAUCGUUGUUAUUGUUUUAAAGUCUGCGUUAUUUUACGCAUUCUGUAUGUCUUUAAUUUUUUUUUAACGCGAGGCGCACGUUAUAGAGCGUUGCAUGCUUUACGACUUGCUUAUCCGGGCUAGCUGGAUUAGCCAGCUAACAGUAUUUUGAUGUGUGAAUUUACGUUUGGCUCGAUUCUGACAGGCACAACCAGCAGGUGGGUUUUCGCAAUACGCUCAUUGCGAGGGGUGGGGGGCCGACAGGGAAAAAACUGAAUAAAAUUAUUAUUGUACUAUCUGGGUAGAAUUGGAUUGAUUGCACUUGCGUUCACGGUGCAGUUUUUUUUUUUUUUUUUUUUUUACACAAUUAGAAGGCCACCGCAACUCCUGCACGCAGUAGAGACUCCCUUUCCUCUCUUCGCAUGAAUCUUGUGUUAUUUGUUAGUAUGACUGUUUUUUGAGGAUCGGUGCAUCGGAGGAACGGAAGAACACGGACGAGCUUGAUCGAUGCUCGCCCGGGACUCUCGCACUACUAUCGUACUGCUGGUUUUGUCCUGAUCACCCCGCUGUCUUUGGCGAUUUCUUUGUCCCUGUAACAUUCCCGCGGCUGUUUCUACAUCGAUUCGAUUGAGCCACGGUUGAAGAUGGCGGACCUAGAGGCAGUUCUCGCCGAUGUCAGCUAUUUGAUGGCGAUGGAGAAGAGCAAGUCGACUCCAGCGGCCCGAGCAAGCAAGAAAAUCAUUCUCCCGGAACCCAGUAUUCGGAGUGUGAUGCAGAAGUAUUUGGAAGAGAGAGAUGAGCUCACCUUUGACAAGAUCUUCAACCAGAAGAUUGGGUUCCUGUUAUUCAAGGAUUUCUGUAUGAAUGAAAUAGACGAGGCUGUUCCCCAGCUGAAGUUCUAUGAAGAAAUUAAAGAAUACGAGAAGUUGGAUUCUGAGGACGAGAGACUAAGUCGCAGUCGACAGAUAUAUGAUGGCUAUAUAAUGAAGGAGCUUCUGUCAUGUUCACAUCCCUUCUCUAAGAAAGCAGUGGACCAUGUUCAGUCUCACCUGGCUAAGAAAAUGGUGCCCCCAUCCCUCUUUCAGCCAUAUAUUAUUGAAAUCUGCGAUAGUCUGCGAGGAAAAAUCUUUCUAAAGUUCAUAGAAAGUGACAAGUUUACUCGUUUUUGCCAGUGGAAGAAUGUGGAACUAAAUAUCCAUUUAACGAUGAACGAUUUUAGUGUUCAUCGGAUCAUUGGUAGAGGUGGGUUUGGAGAGGUGUAUGGCUGCAGGAAGGCAGACACAGGAAAAAUGUAUGCCAUGAAGUGUUUGGAUAAGAAGCGAAUUAAGAUGAAGCAGGGUGAGACCCUGGCACUCAAUGAGAGAAUCAUGCUGUCUUUGGUCAGCACAGGGGACUGUCCAUUUAUCGUGUGUAUGACGUAUGCUUUCCAUACCCCUGAUAAACUGUGUUUCAUCCUGGACUUGAUGAAUGGUGGGGAUCUCCAUUAUCAUCUCUCUCAACAUGGAGUAUUUAGUGAAAAGGAAAUGCGCUUCUAUGCAGCUGAAAUUAUCCUGGGUUUGGAGCACAUGCACAAUCGUUUUGUUGUUUACCGAGACCUUAAGCCUGCCAACAUCCUUUUAGAUGAGCAUGGCCAUGUCCGUAUUUCUGACUUGGGCUUGGCCUGUGAUUUCUCCAAGAAGAAACCCCAUGCCAGUGUGGGCACACAUGGCUACAUGGCACCAGAGGUUUUACAAAAAGGGACAGCAUAUGAUAGCAGUGCUGACUGGUUUUCGCUGGGCUGCAUGCUGUUUAAACUUCUGCGAGGACACAGUCCUUUCCGGCAACACAAAACCAAAGAUAAACAUGAGAUUGACCGCAUGACACUUACUAUGAAUGUAGAGUUGCCAGACUCCUUCUCUGCCGAACUCAAGUCUCUUUUGGAGGGACUGCUACAAAGAGAUGUGGCCAAGAGGUUGGGCUGCCAGGGGCAGGGGGCUUCAGAAGUAAAGGAGCAUUUGUUCUUCAAAGGAAUUGACUGGCAACAGGUCUAUUUGCAGAAGUAUUCUCCGCCACUGAUUCCUCCUCGUGGAGAAGUGAAUGCUGCUGACGCUUUCGACAUUGGCUCUUUUGAUGAGGAGGACACCAAAGGCAUUAAGCUGCUGGACAGUGAUCAAGAGCUGUAUAAAAACUUUCCCCUGGUGAUCUCAGAGCGCUGGCAGCAGGAGGUGGCUGAGACUGUGUAUGAGGCGGUCAACAGUGACACGGAUAAAAACGAGGCACGCAAGCGAGCCAAGAACAAGCAGCAAGGCCAUGAAGAGGACUACGCACUGGGCAAGGACUGCAUCAUGCAUGGCUACAUGCUGAAACUUGGCAACCCAUUCCUGACUCAGUGGCAGCGCCGAUACUUUUACCUGUUUCCUAACCGUGUAGAAUGGAGAGGAGAGGGAGAGUCUAGACAAAACCUGUUAACAAUGGAGCAAAUAGUAAGUGUUGAGGAGACUCAGAUCAAGGACAAGAAAUGCAUCCUGCUGAGGAUCAAAGGAGGCAAACAGUUUGUCCUGCAGUGUGAGAGUGAUCCAGAGUUUGUACAAUGGAAGAAGGAGCUGAACGAAGCAUUCACAGAGGCCCAGAAGCUGCUGCGUCGUGCUCCCAAAGUUAUCGGCAAAGGCCGUGCCGGCGUGGUGGAACUGUCCAAACCACCGCUUACACACCGCAACAGCAACGGCCUGUGAGCCUGUUGUCUUUUGCCCCUACCCCUCGUCGUAAUCAUGCAUCCUUUUACACUUGCAGACAUUGCACCACCUGUUUCAGCUUACCCUUCAUUUUGGCCACAACCAAUAAAGCAUCUAAAUGUUUAAUGACAGUGCUCCAUGUGGUCGCUUUGGAGUUUUCCUUGACCAUGACUCUUAUUUCGUCUAUACAGCACACGCACAUUUACCCAACGAACAGAUUGGCACACCGAGGCAGUUGCUGUUUCUGGACAACAAUGAAGAACCAAUGUUAAUAUUCAUGCUGAAUGAUGACAUUUGUGGACAAGAAUGAACUCAAAUGAGGCAUGCGGUGACAUUGUGUCCUUGCUCUUUUCCUACCUUUCACUUCAUUCUCUUACUCUGUGAACUUGCUUAGUGUUUUUCCCAGGCAGGGCCUGGCAUCAGCUGUCCCCUCCCCAGUCACACAUGUACAUAGACUGGAGUGUGAUAAUGUUGGAAGCUGAAUCCUGUGCUCCUGCUAUUCUUCCCUCUACUGUGAAUGUGUUGUUCUCUGUAUGCUCAGGAUGAGGUGCUCUUUGUGAAGAUGCAGGUGGUGGGCCACAUGGGUCCAUGCAUGCAGAGAUAGCAUGAAGAGCUACAUCAGUUUUAAAUCAGCAUUGAUGGCGCCAUGCUGGAGACUGGUAAAAUGUCUUUCCGUCCUAACUUGUAGAGCUCAUUAAGAGACAUAUGAAAUUAUAACAGUGCUGAAGUAUAGUUUGAUGUGAUGGCUUACAAAAUAGAUUUUAGGACUUGUCUCUAUUGUCAUACCUUUUCCCAAUAGCCAAGGUCUCCUUGAUUGGCCCAUUUCGUAACUAAUAGCAUAACUAGAUGUUGGCAGGCUGAGGUGCCUAAUAGCAGGUUUGGAUAACCAGAGUUCAGCAUUUUUUCCCUGCUCAAAGAUACCUCUUUUAACUCUCAAGUUAAUUAAGAGGGUUGGUUGUUAUGCUGGAGCAGAGAAAUCGACAAAUUCUGUUUGAUUCCAGCUGUUUAGAACUGAAAUUGGAUAUCCCUGCCUGUUAUGUUUUCUCUUUGAAAUACAUUCUGAUUAGUUGACUGUGGUGGUUAGGCUGUUGGGUCCUACCCUUUCCACCUCCCUUUUCUUAACUUGAAACAGUUUAUUAAUAAUUCCAUUAUGAUGUUCUGCACUGAGGAGUCUGUCAGUGUUCGAGUAUGCACUUUUUGUGAGAUAAGAGUUGAUAGUAAUUAAAUGAGUGUAAAAGCCCUCUGAGGGACCAAAUUCAGUUUAUCUUCUGGAGUGUGCACUUGCAUGCAGCAGUGUGUAUUUAUGUGUGCAUGUACAUGUGUUUGGUCACUUGAUUGUGACAGGGCCUAAAAGUGUGGUCAGGGAAAGUAUCAAAACACAUAAAUUUUCUUGUUGUACUAUUGUGUGCCUCAAGAGGGAGAUAUUUCAUUGGUUCAUAAUGGAAAAGAGAUUCUACACUCCUUUCCCUAUACUGCCUCAAGCUCACUGCACCUGCUCUGAACUCUGAACCCUCUCCUUACCUAGUGAAGUGCAAAAAGUGCCAACAUAGAGGAUUUUUUUAAGCCAAGCCUGCUUGACUUCAGAGCAACUCCAAUGUAAAUGAUGAGGGAAAAGAACCAAAAUAAACUUGCAUUUUCCCUUUUUGAGUGAUUCACCUCCUUCAGGAAUGCUCUGAUAGAUAAAAAUGUGCAACACAGUGAAAAUACAGGAAAAACUUAGGAUCAUUGCACAGUGCUGAUUUGACUCUAUAUAAAAGAACCAGUCCUUUGUCUGUACAUCUUCAGUAUACUCUUCUUCAAAAUGUUUGCAUAUAUGGAGGACUGUUCUGUCUGCCUGUUUGUGUUUUUGCUUCUUUGUCUUGGCUUUGGGGAAAGGGUGGGGUUUGAUGACUUUUCAAUCUUUAAUGCAUACCUCAGGAUGAGAUGCAAGCCUGAAACACUUAGUGAAAGCAGAAUGGCUUUUCUUAUAUUGAGGUACAUGGUUCUGGAUCACACUCUGCAUGUGUCAGUGUUGCCAUCAUCCAUCUGCAGGUAGACUGACUGUUAAAUCAGCAGUGCACAUAUUUGCUAAUAACCUACCCAAAGUGAGGGUUUAAGGAAGGUGAGCUACAAAAUUGUGGGGGGAGAGACAAACUUAAACCAUUUGUUGUAAUGCUUGAUUUCAGUAUAGUUUAAAAAAAAUAUUGUUUUGAAUGUAACAAAAUGCAAAUUUCCAAUAGAACUUUUAAAUUUUUUUCAUUUUUGACUGGCAGAAAACAGCACAGCUAAAAGGCAGUUUGAAAACGUGAAUUUAUUUUUAUUUUUUUGUAUGUAUGUAUAUUUCAGGUUUUACAUGCAAUAGCAUUUUUAAGUGGUUAUUGUUCAUGCUUUAUAUAUAUAUAUAUAUAUAUAUAUAUAUGCCCACACACAUGCACGCAACAUUUUUGUAGCCAUUAAGUGUCAAGGAGGUGCCAUUCUAGUUUUUUUAUUUUUUAAGUUUUUGAUGACAUUUGAGUUAAAUCACUGUACCACCAGAAUUCACUAGCUAACAAAAAAGUGCCAAAGGACUGUAGAUAACUGUCCCAAAUCAGUGAAGAACUUUUUCUGCAGUUCAGCCUGCAAUCAUUCACUAUCUACAUUCCCUCCAAGCCAAAACUGGUACAUUUUACAGGUGAAUAAACAUGAGUUUGAGGAAAGGUACAAAAGAGUGACCAAAUGUGUAGGUUGUCCACUGGGAGGAGACUCCGUCACGAACACUGAAAGUGACUAAUCAUCUUUGGUGCCUGUCAAGAAAGGCAUUUUUACUUACCCGGUUAUCAAAAAUGGAGCACCUCCACCAAUCCUGAAUAUUUGUUUUAUUCAGGGGUUUUUGUAUUUUGUUUUUUAUUUUAGCUUUUUUCUCACUGUCUGUAUUUGCCUCAUUGAAAUGCUUGUGUGUCUAUUUUGUAGGGGUAAGUUUGUCUGGCAAAAGCAGGUAUUAAAAUGGCAGGUAACAAAAGACAAAUAGGAAAAGAAAUAAGUAAAUAUAUAUGUAUAUGAAAUAAAUGAUUUAGGUUUAUUUAAGGGGAAAAUGUAGAAACAAAAACUUGGGAUGGGAUUGGGAUCAAUGUGAGUUUCAAUUAAUUGUGGUGAAGAAUCAGCUCAGAUCUUGCACAUAAAUUUAGAUAGUAUAUCUACAGAUAACAGAUCUACAGAUUAAUAUUUUUGUCUGUUUAUUGCAAGGUCCUCUUGCUUUCUUUCAUAUUUAUUGUCUGGCUGGGAGCUAAUCCCUUUAUGCUAACUAUACAUGUACAUGGGUUUUGCUAGAGCACGGACCUUCUAGAAGGUUCCAGUUUACAGUCACCACAAAUUUAUUUUCCUUUUUUUUUUUUUUUUUUUGUGUGCCACAAGCAAACGCAAGUACUACUGUAUAGGUUAUUACUAUUAAAAUUAAAGCAGUUAUUAUCAUUGAUGAAGAUAACCAGUAAUUAUCUUUUUCCUCCAGAGAAGCUAAAAACAUGUGUUGGACUGCCAAUUUUAAAGUUCAGAAAUAAAAGCCCUUUUUUUUCGUGUUA